CAACAUUUCAGGACCGAUUGCGAGCGCACUGGCAACGUUCAGGCAGCGCAGGCUCGAUCACAGCAGUGCGGCACAGUGCACCUCCCGCUUCAAAGCGGAAAAUUGAUCGCUGGCGUGCCCAAGAGCUCAAAAAUGCAAGCCACCCUAGUUGCAGCCCUGCUGGCACAAGCCACCGCAGCCGUGCAUCCGCAAAGAUCGUUGCCACGCGUCGGUUGCACGACCGCGGUGACGCCCGCCGCCGUGCAAUCGCGCCGAUCGCUGCUGCGCAUCGGCUGCACGACCACAGUAACGCCGUUCGCAUCGGCAGCGGCGUGCAAGGGCGACGAAUGCCUCAUGCAGAAGCGGCGCACCUUCGAGCGCGCCGGGCGGACGCUCGUCGUCGACCAGGAGUUCAGCACCGCGAAGCAGCGGAGCACCGGCGCGGGCGUCUGGGAAUGCGGUGAGCUUUUGUCAGCAAAGCUCGCGGCGGAGCCCGGUCUCUGCAAGGGCAAGACGGUGCUCGAGCUCGGUGCAGGAUGUGGCUUGGUGGCGAUGACGGCUGCUCUAUGCGGCGCGACGCGCGUCGUCGCCUCGGACGGCGACGAGGGGUCGUGCGCCCAUCUCGAGGACAUUCUAGCCACGAACGGUCUACGAGAAACGGUGGCGGUGCCGCCGCCCCUGCGCUGGGAGGCGGCCUCGGCCGCGAGCGCCAAGGCCCUCGGUUCGUUUGAUGUGGUGCUCGGCGCCGACGUCACCUACAAUCCUGCGAACGCCGACGCUCUCGCGAACGCUUUAGUGGCCCACGCGUCGCCUUCGACGAAGAUCCUCCUCGCGCAUAAACGGAGGCAGCCCGCCGACGACGCUACGAUAAAACGGCUGGGCGAGUUCUUUUCGAUCACCACGCUGGCGACGGGCGGGAGCACGGCCGAGCCCGUCAGCACCUUGGAAUUGAGGAAGACGACGGCGCGUCUUGAUUUAGAUCUGGCCGGCGCGUCGGCGGCGAACUGCGCGGACGGCUACGUCCGGCGGAACGGCGCGUGCUGGCUCGCGCGGCGGUCUUUGGGUGGGCUGGUCGCGGCGCUGCCGGCGGUCGCCGUCGCGUCCGUGCCGAACGGCGUGGCAUCUCGUUUUGAGUCCGACGCCUUGGUCCAGCCGGCCGUGGACCAGGGCCGGUCCGAGUUCUCCGGCGUGGCCAAUUUGUAUUAUCCGGACUGGAUGGCGGGCACGUGGGACGUGGAACAAACUUUGAAACGGGCGGAGGCGCCGCUCGGUCUGAAAUUCAUCGGCGGGCCGCGCGGAGACCUCGCGAUCGCCCAGAAGAGCCUCGACGAGCAGCGGUCGCGCAUCGGCCAGCCACAGAAGCUCAAAUUACGGUUCGUCCGGACGAAGUUCGGCGUUGUGGAGGACCGCUUGUACAAUACUCGGUCGCGGCUGGACGCGUUCGCCGGGAAGGCCGUGGUCUCGUCGGUCGAAUACGCGGAAACGGGCGGCAACAAUCGCAGGGGCAACGUCGUCCUCGGCGGCUCGGCCGACGAUCCACUGAUCACCACCGUGACCUACUACAAGGGGCCUGCAGCUCAAAAAGUGUUCUCGGUCGCGCGGACGACGGAGGCGUCUGACGACCUGUGGCGCGGCAGCGAGGCGACCCGAAGUAUUUUCGCGUUAACGAACACCAACGCCGCCCCACCCAUCACGACGGACUCGGAGAUCCUCACGGAGCUCCGGAGGACGACCGGAGACGCGGUCGUCGGUCGCUUGCGCCUCGUAGACUAUAUGAACCCGCAAGACCCGCUCUACUUCGACGCGCGGCGGAAGGCCGUGUCGAUAGCUGAUUACGACGUACGUAUGACUAAGUGUGAUAAUGUUUAA